AUGGAGCGAUGUAAGUUUUUUUUAUAGCAAAUUUUGCCCAGAUUACCAUGGUUUCAGUGAUUCACUGGGGCCUCGAGGCGGACAAGACGUAUUCCAAGCUUUUGUACGAUCGGAACAAAUAUCAAACGACGUGCAAUUGGAUUGAAUGGCUGGUAAGAUCAUUUUAUAUCAAAGUUCAAUAAAAAAACUGCAUCAGUUCAGAUCCACGGCUUCCCGUGGUUCGUGUUCGCAUCACUUGCGUUGAUUGUCGCGUACGGCAAAGAUUUCAGCGAAACGACUCAAUACGGACUUGUUGUUUUGAACAUUGGUGCGUCAAAAGAUACCCAAUGAUGUGGUAAACGUGGAUUUCAGGAUUGUACUUUGAUCUGAUCCUCAUCGCCAUCACAAAGUUCCAGUUUGUUCGUGAGCGGCCCAUCAAGAGCUAUUCGCAGGUUUCUCAAGAUUCUACGAGCGUUCAGUCAAACAGAACUGUUUUUCAGUUCCUGGAACACACUGUAGACGUCUACUCCUUUCCGUCCGGACAUUCCUCUCGUGCCGCGAUGCUCGUCGUAAUGAUGUGGGCGAGAAAUGGUCAAAAUUCUCGGAAAAUCAUAGUUUUCAGGUACAACUUCGCGCCGCUCUACGCCAUUCCACUCAUUCCCCUGCCACUGGUCGUCGGAUUGUCAAGAGUUGCUUUAGGCAGACACUACAUUACUGACGUUGUUGCCGGUAAGACUUCGCUAAGAGAAUACUGGAUUUUUGAUGACGUUCUUCUGUAGGACCACAUAUCAAACCCGAAUUUAUCAGUAUUAAGCCGAAAUUUUGUAAACACUGAAAAACUGGUUUAAAUCAGCUUUCGACAGGUAUAAUAGUCAAUUCUGACGGCCUGGAGCAAGAAUUUAUCCCAUUUUUCGCCUCUUCGACCAAAUUUUGACAUCAACCCUCGCCACAGCCCCGAGAAAAGCCAAAUGCCUUUGGAAAUUGUUUCCACUAAACAAUUUUUGUUUCAGGGAUUGCAAUUGGACUGGUAGAAGGCCGAAUAAUGCUCACAAUUCCAUACGGAAUAAACACGGUCUUCCGCGGUCUUCUCAAAUAA